AACACGAUCGCUUCCGUGGCUGCUGGAGUGCUGGUACCUACUUCCUUAGCUGCAACUUGGCCUUUUUAGCUGUCGGCUCUUGAGGAGCUCGGAAGCAGAACCCAAAACGAUGAACACAGAUACCUUGUCCCUGCGUGUAGCAGCAGAGAGAACCCCAAAAUCUAUGCUGGGUGCUGCCAUCUGCAUGUUUUUUACAGGUUGGUGGAUAAUCAUAGAUGCAGCUGUAAAAUACCCUAAGGUAGAAGACUUCAACCACUCCUACCAUGCUUGUGGGGUUAUAGCCACUAUUGCAUUCCUCAUGAUCAAUGCAGUGUCCAAUGGCCAGGUGCGGGGUGACAGUUACAGCGAAGGCUGCCUGGGACAAACAGGUGCUCGGAUCUGGCUGUUCAUUGGGUUCAUGAUGGCUUUUGGAUCUCUGAUUGCUUCCAUGUGGAUCCUCUUUGGAGGUUAUGUUGUUAAAGAAAAAGCAGCAGUGUACCCAGGAAUUGCUGUGUUUUUCCAGAAUGCCUUCAUCUUUUUUGGAGGCCUGGUCUUCAAGUUUGGCCGCACAGAAGAUCUGUGGCAGUGAACACAGCUGUGGAGCAUCCUGGCUGUGCUGCUUUUUAACUCCACACUCCCAACGUUUUGUAAGCCCCAUUUUUUGUAAGCAAUUGCGUCUGAAGAUAAGUCAAGGAAAACUUCAGUCUCAGCACUAAAAAUCCUGGUUCUAUCCUGUUGUUGUUUUUUACUCUCAAUGUGUCCAUUCAAAUGUUGUCCUGCUCUUGACAAAGGUCAGAUCACUGCCAGUGCUGAGGGCAGUCACUCUCUGCUAGGAUGUUUGCUACAAGUACAUAGUGUAGAGGAAAAUUGGAUCUAUUUAACCAGCUCUUUCUAGGACAUAUACAAUCCAAAACUUCACUGAAAAUGCUUUAAAACUCCCUUUUUAACAUCUAUUUAUUAAAUAUUUCCUGUUUCUGGACAAUAUAACCAUUUCUUCAAUUUCAAAACUUGGUGUCUGGCUUUUCAUUAUUUGCAUCAUUUUAGAACUGUAAACUCUGCUGGUUUGGGUUGUGUUUGUUCUGUUUUCCCCCUCCUUGAUUAUUCAUCCUACAGUGACAAUAAGGAAGUAGCUGGUGAGUAACAACUCCUGGGGUUGCUGUGGCUGAUGGUGUAGAGGCACAGUAUAAAUUAUGCUUCCUGUUGGC